GCUGCCCAAAUCCUCGUAGCCACACCGCAAUUCCCAUUCGAAUUCGAUCGAUCUCACCAAAUCCCACCUCCUAGCAGCUCCAGUUCCGCAGAUCCGAUGGCCCGCACGAAGCAGACAGCGCGCAAGUCCACGGGGGGCAAGGCCCCGCGGAAGCAGCUAGCCACCAAGGCGGCGCGCAAGUCGGCGCCGGCGACGGGCGGCGUGAAGAAGCCGCACCGGUUCCGCCCGGGGACCGUGGCGCUGCGGGAGAUCCGCAAGUACCAGAAGAGCACAGAGCUGUUGAUCCGGAAGCUGCCCUUCCAGCGGCUGGUGCGGGAGAUCGCGCAGGACUUCAAGACGGACCUCCGGUUCCAGUCCUCGGCCGUCGCCGCGCUGCAGGAGGCCGCGGAGGCGUACCUGGUGGGGCUCUUCGAGGACACCAACCUCUGCGCCAUCCACGCCAAGCGCGUCACCAUCAUGCCCAAGGACAUCCAGCUCGCGCGCCGCAUCAGGGGCGAGAGGGCCUGAGCGCUGCUCCCCGUCGUCGUUUCUUUUUCUCGCGCUUUCUUGGUCUGUAGCACUAGGAUCAGAUGGGAGAAUCGUUGCUUGCCGUUCUAUCUUGUAAUGAUCUGCUUGUGUCGUUCUGACUUCAGUGGAAUAUGACCGGUGAUUUCUGAA